AGUCAGAUAACGUCCAUAAUUCCUCAUCGAAUCAAUACCAUAACAAAACACUACUCUUCGCGAAACACAUUGACGCAUUAUUGUUCUAAGAGCCUUAUUGACCGUUAAGCUGACGAUGUGUUCCCCCGGGUAAUCGGUCUGUGAAGAACGAUCACGACGUCCAAACGUGAAAACAAAUUCGCGCGAUUUAAACUUUUCCAGUCCAAUGACUCGAUUGAGUGCUUACGUAAAGAUCUUAACCCAACCCCUUCGAAACUUAUAAUACCAUAACUACCAAGGUGGACAUUAACUUGUUAAAAAGUUUAAGUUAAGUUAAAAAGUUAUUUGAACUUAACUAGUAAAUUAUUUUUGUCUUCACUUAUUAACUUAUUUAGUUAAAAUAAUGUUGAUUGUAUUGUAACGUAACUUUUUUUAGUUAAUUAUCAUUGUCGUGCAGUUAAGUUAAUUUUCUCUUCGUGUCAGCGGAACCCACUAGACAAUACUGAUUCGAUGACUCUUUUUCGAUUUUGGUGGGUACUUAUACACUGCACGUUAUCGAUGCAAACGGAUAUCACUCGAAAUACACAGAACUUUAAUUUUACUUAUUUUCGAACAAUAUACUAUGAUAACAGGUAUUUAUAAGCAUUAUAGCUAUGUCGGUUAUUUUAUUUUAGAAUUUAAUGAUUGUAGGUUAAUGUUAUUAGUAUGAUGGUAAUAUUAUUAUUAUUAUUAGUUUCCUAUUCCUUUUGUAUACAAUUAUAAUAUUAAAACACGAAUAGCCCGGUAACUACACGAAAAUAAACAAUCGAAAUCGCUAUCAUAAUGUCAGUUAAUACUUAAUAAUAAAAUUAUGUUCCUCAACAGAGCCCUGGUCACAUUCGCUUUGGUUCUUACGACUGUAGUCUUGACGAGAUGGUACGUGCUGAGGAAUCGCAAAAUUAGACGAGAGAUAUUGGAGUCUUGCAGAACCUGCAAAAACAAAAACAAUAGCACACAUGGAUUCGAUGAUCAACUGACCAAAGAUAACUUGUCGGUCAUUCUAAAAGGCAAUCGGUUUGUAUUGUUUUUUAUCGGUGGUUUGAUUCUCCUUGGAUACUUCCUCAGGAUGUUACCGACCGGAUUCACUUCCCAUCUACUACUUUUCCUAAUACUAGUAUACACCUUUCACACGCUAAUGUCGAAGUGUUACGCGAUUAACGUAAUUUGGUGUCAUGGAAUCAUUUCUAUAAACGCUGACAUUGAUAUAGCAUUAUUUCCAAAACUAAGAAUUCUGAAAAUAUUUCAACUCAGAGCUAGCGGUGAAACAACGACGUGAUACUAAAUAUAUAUAUUAUGUUUAUGAAAAUUAUACCUUUAACCCUGGAGAAAACAAAUGGAAAAAAGUAUCAAAAUUUCCGAUGAAUUCAAAGUUUAAAUUGUAUACGAGUAAGGUCAAUGAUGGAAAUUAUGGUUGAAGAUUGAGAUUUGGCAGAAGAAAAUUUUAUUCACGACAAAAUUACCACGAAAUUAUGGCAAAAUAUUUUAUCACCCCUCAAAAUUAACCUAAAUUAAUUAUAUUAAUUUGAUUUUA